AUGGAAUGUUGUAAUGUUGUUUCAAAUCAUGAAAAUAUACUACCUAGUAAUGAUACUUCCAUGGAUAAGAAUGAACAAAACACACUAAGUUGUCCAAGUGAUAUAUCAUCAUUAUCCGUAAACAGUGAUCAAAAACGCAAAGAAGAAAAUCUUCGUGCAUUAGAGUUGGAACGUCAAUCGCUGGAAAAUUUUUGGGCUAAACAAGAAUUAACUAAUAAAAUCAAUCAAAAUAAACAAAUACUUGUACAGUUAGCAGAAGAAGAAUCACGUGUUUGCGCUGAAUUAUCAGCUAUACAAAACAAACGAAAACAACAACGUUCUGCAUUAAUUUCUACUGUUACACAAGCUGAACAAAAUGCAACAGAUGUCAUUCAACAAAUAUUGUCAAUUAAUAAAUCAGUGAAAUUGUUAGAGAAAAUGGAAGAUGUAUACAAUGCGCAUCAAUUCAAUGCUACAAAUUAUGCUACAUUGUCACAAUCGAAACGAAAUGAAAUUCUAGCUUCAAUGCAAGAAAUGUUAUCAAUUACAGAUAAUGCUUAUGCAAUGCAUACAAUGAAUUUGAAUACAAUUAAACUUCAAAGUCUUUUAACUAAUGAUGAAAAUUCUACAAGUGAUUAUGUAGAACAAAUUUUAGCCAACAAACAUGCUGAUCAUACAAAAUUAACAUCAAAUCUUAUGUUAGAAGAAAAUGUUCAAAAAGAAGCAUUUGCUCAAUUACAACAUCAAAAAGAUGGUCAAAUUGUAAGAUUACAAAAAGAAAUAUGUUUAAUAGAACAAGAACUUUGUCGGCUUACAUUAGCUGAACAAUCGCAUAUUAAACAACGUAUUGAAUUUAAUCAACGUGUACUUGAUGAAUGUCGUUGUGAAUUAUUAAAAUUAUUAACUCAAUUAAUCGAUGAACAGCAAGAUCGUCAGAAGGAAUUACGUAAACGUUUAGAAGAAAUUGAACAACAAAAAAAAGAUGAUCAAUUAGAUUUUUGGUUAGUUCAAUAUCAACGUGUAUUGGAUUCGAAACCUGUUCAAUUAUUUGAUAAACCAGAUCCUGAUGUUCAAACAAUUCUAAGCAAUGCGCAAUCUUUGGAAUUUUUGCCUAAUUUUCAACGACAUGCUAUUACGUAUUCAAUUAUGCAAACUAUGACAGAUAAUGAUCUUAAAGAAAUCGGUAUUCACACUCUUGGAACACGUCGUGAGAUACUCAGACAGAUUGAUUUAUACAAAACGAAAACAAAUGAUGGAGAUGAGAAGCUUAACAACACAAGAGAAUCACUACCAACAGCGUAUGUAACACCUUCAGCUCCAGAGGUGACAAUAUCAAAUUUAAUUGUGUCGAACGAAGUUAUAGCCCGUGUAGAGAACGAAUGUUGUAUAUGCCAAGAUGCAAUAUGCUCUACAAUAUUCCUUCCAUGCGGUCAUGUUUGUUGUUGCAAGAAAUGUUCUGAAUGUGUUCAUGAUUGUCCCCUAUGUCGUUCCAAUAUACAGAAUCGUAUUCAAUUACAUUUCUAA